AUGUCGGCUUACAUGGAUGUCCCGGUUCCGAAUAUGUGUCGCCCAAAGCACCAGAUUCUGAUCCUCAAAACCUACCCUAAAUUUCAGAAAGGCGCCGUCGAGAUCAAACCUAACGGCUCCGAACUAUCCUAUCUUCUAUACUAUGUGUCUACUAGGCGAAGUAAACUCCAGAAAGUUGGCGCUUUCCUCGAACGUAGGACCAUCCGGGAUGUCUACAAGCGACGGACUGGAAACGUCCAGGUUACCCUCGAAAUAUGCCGUGCCUUGAUCGACAAGUGUCCCCGAGAUCUAAACCUCUACGCUUGGAAUAUCCUCACUAUCAUAAAAAAUGUAAUAACUUCUAAAGACAUAGCGUUGAUUGAAGAGACAUUACCCUGCUGGGAUGGCUUCUGCUCUCACCACGAUGGCGCCAAUCUAGCCUCCGACGAGUUCUACGUUAGACUAUUCGAAGAAGUCAUUCGACUCUACGCCGACCUUGCCUCGAAUCCACCCGCUGGUCAUGAGUUGAGGUGGAGGUUGGCGGGGUUGAAAGCAGUCCGGAGUGUCUGCUCCUCGGAAGCUCUUUCAUCAGCCAAUGCGAAACAGCAGUUAGCUAUUGUACUUCCAGUCAUCCUCCAAAACAUAUACUCCGAGGACGACGAACACCUCGACGAGAUGCAAUAUCGGAUCACGACAGUCGAAACAAAUGAAGAAAAGGGCAAUAAUACGGCCGGUCUACCCCGGACUUCUAUCGGCACUAUCGACGGCGCCAUGGCAAACACCGCUGCCGAUGCCGAUAAACUAGACCAACAGGACAUCGAGCUUCUGGCGCUACAGAGUCUGAAGGCAAUCUUCGAGGUUAACAAUCCCGCGCAAAUCCGAUGCGCGACACACGCCAUACUUCAAUACGUCACCUCUAAACCAAACGUGCUUGAAGCAUGGACUACGAGUCUCGUCGAAAUGGUCGCGAAGUGGGCACCCACACAAUCUCGAUUCCUCAUCCUCGUGGAAAUCCUGGAGACUCUUGUUGCGUGCCCUAUGGCGGAAGCCGAACUACACAAGCAACUCAUAUAUGCGCAACUAAUAUCGUGGCUUCUGUCUUCUACGGUAAACCUUGUCGGGCUGAGUGUAAUGGAUGUUCUCGUUUCCAUCAUUGCGAAGAUCCUACAGCUCUUGCAACUGGAGUCAAAGCCCUCGCCGCCUAGUUCUCCGAAGGUGGUAGAGAAGCCACCACCAACAGCCAGCCCAUCACUCACAACCGCUGCCAUAUUUGCCAUCACUGCUACUAUCACCGAAGUUGUUAAAUCCCCAUCGUCAACCCGAAAGGAUUUGCUCCACAAGCUGCGCAAAUGUAUUGCAGAUCUCGGAACCCAUAUAUAUUAUACGGAUCAGAUCUCGGAUAUUGCCGGCGAAGUCUUGCUUAGGUUGAAACCAUCUCCUUCAGCUCCCCUAACAACUGAUCCGGAAAUUGCCGGCGCUGUUCCAACUAUUACAGAACAGCCCCAUGUCGAUGAUUUCUUCAGUUUUGAUACUGCGCGUGCCGUGGCCUUAAAGUCCGUAAGGGAUCUCUUGAACAUCGCGAAUCAACGGACUUCAGCACAAUCGAUCGGUAGGAAUACCGUACCUCUUAGUGUAUGGGAUGGAACGCAUUGGUUGCUUCGCGAAGAAGAAAAAGGCGUUCGAAAGGCCUAUAUCGAUAGUAUAUCGACCUACUUUGCCCUCGAAGUCGACAGACCAAAUACCACGAGCGACAUCGGCACUGCUCUCAUCGAAGUUAACAGCCUUGAUCUCACCCACCGGGCAUCGAAGCUCAUCAACAGCUCAUUCCUUAAACUCCUCCAUGUUUCAGCCUUUGAGACUGUUCUCGCGCAUGCGACGAGGGCUGUCGAUAUAGUUGGUGUAUAUAAGCUCCUAGACCUUCUCGUACGGAAGCUGGGACUGCCGGCUAUUCUUUCCGGAUUGCCAAUGAUUUAUCGCCUUGACGAAGAAGCCGGAACAUUAAAAAGUGCGAAGGAAAAGAUUGCGAUCAAGAGUUUGGUGCUAGCGUACAUCUACUCUGUAUCGGACACUUGGGCGAUCGAACCUCUGCGUCAGGAUACGUUGGACAUGAUUAGCGACCGGCAAAACACCGGGAAGUGGUUCGUCCCUCUCAAAGUACCACGCGAGGAAGAACAGGUUAUCGAUGUAUUUGAUGAAAAGCAUACAUACCCUGAGACUCUCGCCGAGGGAGUGUUGCUUCCUCGUGAAGACUACAUGGAUAUUGCAGAAUUGGUAAUGCACGCAAUUGCUACAGAGAGCAAUGCGGAGUUCCCGGCGAAACUGAGGGAGAUGUUUAUGGAUGGUGCGACUUGGAGUAAAGAUUCCGUGAUGGCGGGGAUCGAAGCCCAUUCAAGUCGGCAAACGAGUUUAGCUGAGAGCCGGGCUGGAAUGGGCACUCAUGGAACGAGCACCACGAUCCGAAGCCUUUUACCUAUCAACGGCGACAGAAGGAGCACGCAUACAUCUGGGAAGGAUACACAUCAUCGUAGCCCAAGCCGCCCUACCAGCCGUCCUCCUACUGGAAACCUCGAAAAGUUCAAAGUCGGGCAGGAAGAGCGUUUCGGCAGAACAAACCGAUCAAAUACCAAUGUCUCGGCGACUAGGAGUAGCAGUAGCAGGGAAAGCACGUUGAGGGCCAAUGAAUUGAAGUUAGUGCUUACAGGCGUGUCCCGACCCGGUGCAAGUCGUCCAACGACACAGAAUGGGAAUAUCAAGUUCAACAGGGGUAGUCUCGGAGGCCACAGCGAUAGCAGCGAAAGUAUGAUGGACGUUGGUAGCUACAUUGGCAGUUCGUCGGAUGAUAAUAGUGUUCGCGCAGGAAAGGAAAGUCCCAACCCCGCAGGCGGUGCCAAACGAAAAAGCAGCACCAGAAGCCGAAGCUCAGAGAGGAAGGGUGCUAGUCCUAUACCCGGUUCCGAGACUGCGGGAGACAAACCACCUGUACCACCACUACCAGGAUUCUUCCAGCCACAAGUCCAAGUACACAUGCCCGGCGAGUACCCGUUGACACCACUGACACCACCAGCCCCACCAACUCCUCAAAAACCUGCCGAGAACGGAAGCGCUGCGGCUCCAAAACAGGAUGAUGGCCUUUCUUCCUUCUCCUUCUGGGAUGAAGGUGCACCUAGCACCCAAUCAAAAGAAGCAACUGCUACCACCAGUCCCACAGGCGCCCCGCAAAUCGAAUUAAUGCUCUCCUCGUCUUCUGGUGGCCCCCCUCAAAAAGCUUGGUGGGAAACCGGCACCACUGCCCGAUACUCUCCACCAACUUCACGUGUGGUAGGAGAAAUUAGACGAACCCCUGAGCCAUCAGCUAGCCCUACUAUUACCGCGACAGGACCACCCAGGAGUCUCAGUGCGAACAAUAAUCGCAGUGGAGUAGCAACCCCCAUGGGUAGUGUCCUUAGCAGUAAUGCAGGGAGCCCAACACCUGGUACUGUACGGAUCCAACAAGGUGGAUCACCAGGUGGUCAUUCUGGUGCCAGUGGUGUUGACGUCAAGAGUCUUCUUAGCGGGAUUGGAAGCGUGAGAGGCAAGUCGGUACCUGCGGGCACUGGCAGGCAGCGAAGCGGCAGCACAUUGAGCGCUGGAGGGUUCAGGCCUCCCUACUAG